AUGAUCGGCCUCGUUGCAGUCGUGCUCGUCUUCUUCUUAAUCGGCGCCGUCGUCGCCGCCCGCCGCGUCGCCAAGGUUCCCACGAUCCGUCUCGUCUCGACCAAGCAGCCCCCCGAGCUGAGCAUCGUCGACCGGUCAAGACACCGUCGGGGUCAUCAAGGGCGAGCUGCAGCUGCUGCUGCCGGGCCUCAAGAUCUUUCUAGACGCGCGCACACAGUGGAUGAUCUCAAGGAUAUUGGGGCGCUGGAGGAGUACAUCCAGCGCACGCAAAUGAUCCUCUUCUUCCUCUCGUGUGGCUACUUCCGCUCUCAGGCGCGCUCUCGCCGCCCUAACUGUCUCCGCGAGAUCCGCUCGUCGCUCGAGCAGACCAAGCCGAUCGUCCUCGUCCAAGAGGCGGACCCUGCCAAGGGCGGGGGGACGCUGCAGGCGCUGCGCGGCGAAUGCCCCGAGGACCUGCGGCCGGCCAUCUUUGAACAGGGCUUGACGCACACCAUCUGGAUGCGAAUCAAAGAGUUUCAACGCGUCUCCCUCAAGACCAUCGUCGAGGCGCAGCGGGCUGUGCUCCUCUGCUCGCCCAACUAUCUGAACCAGACCUCCCUCCCGCUCUUCGUGCCGGGCGAGCCCGAGAGGCAGUCGCUCGCCUUUGCCAAACAGACCCUCCUCUGGGCCUCGCCGGCCAACGCGGGCGCACAGGUCUUGGCCGACGAGAUCGCCACCGCCUUUGCCGGUCUCACCGUCUCCACCGCCGAGGCGCCUGGGCCAGCGACCCACAUGCUGCUCUACCUCAACGAGGACAGCUUCGUCAGCGACGCGCGGCUGGCCGAGCAGGUCAAGCAGGCGCGCGAGGACAAGCUGCCGAUCGUCAUGGCGCACGAGAACGACCCGGACCGCGGUGGCUGCCAGUUCUCGAGGUUUUUCGAAGUCACGCCGCAGGAGCGGGCCGGGGAGCUCAUCGCCGACGGACUCUACAAGAGCCUGGCACGCUCGUGCUUCCCGGGGCGCCACCACCCGGCGCGCGCUUUGUGUCGCUUGCGCUUCUGGCAAAGGACCUCGGCGCGACUCCCGCUCGGUCGGGCAGCCAUCGCCGAGCACGGCAGCCGGCUCGUCCUCAAGAUCAGCCGCCGCAGCUCUGCGACGGCAACCACCGUGGGCGACGGCUCUGGAGGCGGGGCGGUGCCCUGA